AUGUGUCGCGUCUACAACGCCACCUGGACUUCAUUCUGCAUUUGGUACUCCUGGGCCCAUACGGACCCUAUCUCCGCAUCUGUCGCUGAGGUGAUAGAUUUUCUCCAAGACGGACUGGACAAGGGGCUUGCCCCGAACAUGCUCCGUCGACAAGUGGCAGCCUUGUCUAUGGUCCUCUCAGCAAGGAACGACUUACCUCUCUCGCAUGACACGAGGAUCCGGGGGUUUCUCGAUGCAGCGAACCUAAGACCUCCGGUCGUUCACCGCUACCCGACCUGGGACGUGUCCCUGGUCUUUCAUGUGCUUACACAGCCCCCCUUCGAGCCCUUAGGCUCCGUCAACCUGCGGUUUAUCACCUUAAAGACUGCCUUUUUGGUCAUGAUCACUUCAGCCCGCCGUGUUUCCGAGCUGGCCACCCUAUCCGUACGGGAGGACCUCUGCACUUUCUACCCUAACCAGGUGGUCCUUCAGCUUGAUCCAUCGUUCCUGCCUAAAGUCAAUUUCCUGUACCACCGUCAGCAGGAAUUGGUUCUCCCGGACUUCUGCCCGGACCCAAGACAUCCGCAAGAGGCCCAAUGGCACACAUUAGAUGUCCGUAGAGCCUUACACAGGUAUAUUCGGAGGACUCGGCAUUUCCAUAAGUCAGAGGCGCUGUUCGUCUCUUUUCUGCCCGCGACGAUGGGACAAAAGGUCUCCUCGUCCACCAUCGGGAGAUGGCUGAAAGCCUGCAUUUCCAAGGCGUACAUGCUUCAGGACAAGCCGGUUCCCGGCAGGAUCCUACCUCAUUCCACACGAAGUGCAUCCACCACGGCUGCUUGGGCGACUCAGGCCAACAUCGCUGACAUCUGCAAGGCAGCAACCUGGACGUCGCUGAAUACUUUCAUCCGCCACUAUAGAGUUGAUACGUACACCUUGGCUGACACCUCGUUCGGUCGGCGAGUUCUGCAAGCUACGAAGGUUUCUCUUGAAGUACCCCAGCAAGUCCAAACAGAAUUGGGAAUUCCUUGGCUAUCUGUGUAUCUUCCUGUAAAAAGUUGCCAUGUUAUUUUGAAAGAUAAAAGAGGGACUUUUUCUCCUCCAUCAUUAAACAGGGCUGAAACCAAUAACUGGUGCAACUGGACCAUAUGGGCUGGUCCUCACAAGCAUAUCCUGAUUUACAUAGAAGGAUUUGAAGGAAAGUCAAACUGUGAUGACAAUCGGGAUAGAAUCUUAUUCCAAGGAGUUUUGUCAAGUAUUGAAAACAAAGUAGUUUAUGCCUGCAGAAAUCACGGUACUCUGAUUUAUGCUACUCAAGCAGUAGCCGUCUAUGUAGUAUUUUUGUCAGAAGUUUCUUCUCAGAACCAAAGUCAUAGGCACUUUAAAGGACGGUAUUAUAUAUUUGAAGAUGAUGUCAAUUCUACAAGUGGUGAAAAAUCAGUUUUGAAAUCUAACAGCAGUUUUGGAUCUAAGUCAUAUGUAUUGCGUAGAGGACAUAGUUUGAACUCUACAGUGACUACUCCAACGCUUGGCAAAGAGAAUUGGCUGUCUGUGACAAAUGAAAAGACUAUUAAAACAGGGACAGAAACAUUUUUAAAACCAGCUGUUGGCAAGCAUAUGCAUGUUUCUCUCUUGAAAUCAACAGAAACAGUUAGCUUAAAUCCAUUUGAUUUGAAGAGAAGGCAAGUUACAAAACCAUCUGUUGACAAUAGUAGGACUUUGAAUGAAAGUCCUACACUAGUAUCAGAAUCAAAUGAUGCAGAGAAUGAGGGAGAAGCUUUUACACACAAGCCAGAUGUUUAUUCAACCUCUACACGCAUGACUCAUAAUCCUCAAACGAUGACAAAAUUGGAAGCAACAAAAACCCAUGGAACUAUGAUUGAAUUUGUCAGUCCUCGGAAUGAUGGCUCUACAACCACAAGAUGGAUGACAACACAGGUGAGAAGUACUGAAGGGGAAAUCACGAAUGCUGUUACUUUUCCUCAAGUCUCCUUGGAAGAACAGAGAAUUCCAGUCCAAUCUCUUAAAAGUAUCCCAACAAAGAUGCAGAAACAAAUGCUUCAAAUGCUGCUUCCUAAUUCUGAGGUCUCCAAGAAAAAGGCAGAUCUAACGGGACCUCCACAACACUUGGAACAAACCAAAAUAUAUAAAAGAGAGCAGAUGGACAAUCAAGGGCAUACAGUGGAGAACAGCAACACUGCUGUGCAAAUAACUGUAUCUGAAGGAAUUAAGGAAAGUCCCUCCAAGUCUACUAUGGAAACCAAGUUCCAUCAUACCCUGACUUUAGCCUCUACUGAUAUGCACCCUACUCCUUCUUUGAAGUCAUUUAACAAUUACUUGAUGAGUACAUCCACAACUGUGAAUCCCAAAGUUAUGCCUUCAAAUUCGCUGAUGAGAACUCGGAUAAACACAGCUUUUACUAUACAAUACAAGAAGUCCAUAAACAGGAAUACCGAGCAUUUGCAAAAGAAGCAGACGAAAACAACUCUUUUGUAUUCCCCUUCUAGUUGGUUGCCAACCAGUAGCAUUCUCUUGAAAGUAAAAAAUAAAUCCUAUGAGACAGAUCCUGGAUUCAGGUCUCAUGAAAAUUAUUUUGCAUUGAACUCUCAGCACAAUCCUGGAGAUCUUCUAUUUGAAACAGUUUUUGAAAUAGAACAGAAAGGACAACUCCCACCUGUUGGAAGCACUCUGGAAAAAGCUUCCAUUGAUUCCAUUAAGCACCAGGUACAAGACAGAAUGAAACGCUUCUCUAACAAAAUCAAAGAAUUCAAAUUAAAGGAAAUUAUGAGAAAAGAAGAAACUGAAAUGGACAGAUACAAUGGCCCAAACCUUAUAUUUGCAUUCUGGUUGCAUUUAACAUCGGAAGAAAAGAACAUAUCUCACUCACUGCAUUUUCAACUGGAAGAUCUUAAUGGUACAUUUGUGGGAGCUGGUAAGGUCCAAACUGUUUUGGUGAGAGAUGUGAAUGAAUGCAACUCUGAAAUUGGUUUAUGUGGCAAUGAGGCCAUUUGUCUCAACGAAUAUGGAACAUACUCCUGCCAGUGUAAAGAAGAGUACGAGGACCGUUCUCUGACAAAAUCGGGUACUCUGUGUGUUCGUAAUCCACGGUCAGGUUUGAACUCCUUCUACAACCACACUGAGUUUAUUGUUGGAAUCACUGUUUUUUGCAUUACUCUGCUCAUUGUAGUGAUCACUGUGCUGUGUACUAUCAUAAAGAAAAGAUGCAUUAAAAGAGAGAUGCGGUUCCAAGAGACUGUUUUGCCUGGGAUGCCAGCAGAGCCCCAGCUGCAAACAACAACCUUUGAUCAUAAUAACAUCCGUCAACUCCUUACUCUGGACACUUCCCAGCUAAAGGUUAGAGCCAAACCACCAGAACUGCCCCUGCAAUUGCGGGCUGGCCCCACUGAAACAUACAGAGUAUCCAUUGAGCAGUCUGAACGUUUGUGAAGAAGAAAAAGAAAAAAAAUACAACAUAAAUUGCAAUUAAACCCCUCCUUCCUCCCUAUUUCAUAUUAAACUUUUCUUUGUUGUGGCUGAGCAGAUGCAACUUUUUGUUUCUCGAUCAAUCUUACAUAAAUUGUUAUACCUUUCUCCCUCUAUCUAUUUCCUCUUAAGUUUAAUGGAAAUAUAAUGCUGGAAAAAUAUUCUCUUUAGGUUUUUGAAUACUGAAUUGUCUGCCUGUCUUCAUAUGACAGAUAAGAAAUGAAUGUAACUACUGUUUGUAGUUGUUAAUAAAAUUGGCAUCUUGCUCUUCA